AACACAAUUUUCGUUAAAUAACAAAAUGAAGACAACAAACUUUAAAACAUGAAUUUAUUGUGAAUGAUAUAGAAAUAUAAAAUAUAAAAAUAACGAAAUAACAAAAACUCUUCACAAAGUGUCACUUUUUAUGAAGCAUCGGAUCCUUUCUUUAGGACUGCCCCCCUGCCGCCCCAUCCUCUCCGAGCGCGCGCGCUUCCUCUGGCUCGCGCUCUCGUUGACUUCACUGUCGGACUCUCUUCUAGCGGACUCCAGCCGAAAGUGGAGGAUAACAAAAACACUUUUUAUGGUGCCAAAAGCUGCUCUUCUUUUUCUCUGCACGGACGUGAGGCUCAGAGGAAACUCCGAAAGGGUUUUUUAUUUUUUGUGAAGAACAAAGUGGAGCUUCAGCUUUAAGGAAAAGUGAGCUGCUGAACUCAGAAGCAUGUCCUCCUUUGGCGGCAGGACCCUCUCUGCUCCUCCUCGGGGUGACCCUCUGACAUGAGGAACUGAAGUCUAAAGAAACAGCCCUCCCUGCUGGAGACCAUCUGCUAUUACACACCAUGGCUGAGCCCAGCUAUUCCGAUCUCAUUGCCAAACACUACAACUUCACCGGCAAGUUCCGCAAGACGGAGCAGGACUCCGGUUUGAAGGCUGACUCUGUGAUCUUCAUCAUCGUGUGCUGCUUCAUCAUCCUGGAGAACAUCCUGGUACUUGCCACCAUUUGGAGGACCAAGAAGUUUCAUAAGCCCAUGUACUACUUCAUUGGGAACCUGGCGCUGUCUGACCUGCUGGCCGGCGUCGUGUACACCGCCAAUAUUCUGCUGUCGGGAGCCAACACCUACAAGUUGACGCCCACGCAGUGGUUCCUGAGAGAGGGCAGUAUGUUCGUAGCUCUGGCGGCGUCUGUCUUCAGCCUCUUGGCCAUUGCCAUUGAGCGCCACCUCACUAUGCUGAAGAUGAAGCUGCACAACAACGGCAACACGUGCCGCGUCUUCCUCCUCAUCAGCACGGUGUGGAUGAUCGCAGCGGUGCUGGGCGGGCUGCCGCUGAUGGGCUGGAACUGCAUCCAGAGGAUGUCGCAGUGCUCCACCGUCCUACCGCUCUACCACAAAACCUACAUCCUGUUCUGCACCACCGUCUUCAGCAUCAUCCUCAUGGCCAUCGUGGUACUCUACGCCCGGAUCUACACGCUGGUGCGCACUCGCAGCCGCAAGCUCGUCUUCCGCAAAGUGACCAACAGCCGCGGGAAUCCCAGCACUAACAGCAAGAGCUCGGAGAAGUCUCUGGCUCUGCUGAAGACCGUCAUCAUCGUCCUGAGCUGCUUCAUCGCCUGCUGGGCACCGCUCUUCAUCCUCCUGCUGCUGGACGUGGCCUGUGAGACGAUGAGCUGCCCCAUCCUCUACAAGGUGGAUUGGUUCUUGGCGCUCGCCGUCCUCAACUCAGCCAUGAACCCCCUCAUCUACACGCUGACCAGCAACGAGAUGCGGCGCGCCUUCCUCAAGACCCUUCUGUGCUGCACCGCCUGCCUCAGGCCGAAGGCUAAGUUCACGGGGCCCAUCAUGGGGGCGGAGUUCAGUCGCAGCAAAUCCGAUAACUCCUCCCAUCCCAACAAGGAAGAGGGGGAGUACUCUCCAAAGGAGACGACAGCGGUGUCCUCAGGGAAUGCCACCUCGUCGUCCUAAACAUGGACGGAUAGUCCAGACGGAGGCUGUGUUUGUACAGGUUUACCUUUAGCUGGAGACUUCCAAACCGGACCGACUGGAACCAGCAAACUCUGACUCAAAGGAGACGUUCAGCUCUGGCUUAGAGCUGCAGCAUGUGGAUCCCUGUGGUCAUUCUUCGUUCAGUACCGGGUCUUCUCAGCACUCUUUGCCCUCUGAAGAUGCUACAGCUCCUCCCACCAGAUAGAGGGAGGAGCUACUGGACGGUCUGUGGUUUGAUGCUUCAUGAAGGAGACUGAACUGGAAUUCUGAGCUUCAUAGGAACUUUGGUUGAUUCUCCUAGAAGGAUCAGACUUUACACUUACUCGCUAAGAAAAACUAGAGCAUGUAGCACUUAAGCACACAAGUGUUGUAAUAUUUAAGAGAAACAAAUUAAUUCAGAGAAAUGUCACACUUGUUUGUCUUUGCAUUGAAGAAGUUCAGUCAUGAAUUCAGAGCUCAGCUGCUUCUAUGUGACCUUGUCUAUCUGUGAAAAGUUUCUGAGCUCCGGUCAGGAUUCACCAACCUGCAUAUUCUCCAUGUUUCUCUGAGUAAAGACCCACUCUGAUGAAAAUGGGGAUUUUUCUCUUUAGGUUAUAUUUAAGGAAAAUUAAGAUUAAAAAUGCUUUUCUCUGCAGCAUUGCCAGUCUCUGUAUGACCAGAGCAGGAGCUUGGUUUGCAUAGCCAGCAGUAAGUCAGACCUGUUGCCGGUGCAUGUUGGGCUGCCCUUUAUCACCGGUUCUGUUCCUAGUCUUUAUGAACAGAAUUUCUAGGCGCAGUCAGGGGCCAGAGGGGAUCUGCUUUGGGGACCACAGGAUUUCAUCUCUGCUCUUUGCAGAUGAUGUUGUUCUGUUGGCCUCAUCAGGCCAGGACCUCCAGCAUGUAUUGCAGCGGUUUGCAGCCGAGUGUGAAGCUACCGGCAUGAGGGUCUGAGGCCAUUAUUCUCGACCGGAGAAAGUUUGUUUUCCCUCUCUCAGUGGGUGGAGUGCUCCUGUCUCAGGGGGAGUUUAAAUUUCUUCGGGUUUUGUUCACGAGUGAGGGAAGAUCGGAGCGUGAGAUUGACAGGAGGACCGGUGGAGCGUUCGCUGUUUUGUGGCUGCUGCACCGGUCCACUGUGGUGAAGAGAGAGCAGAGCCAGAGAGCAGAGCUUGGAAUUUACCAGUCGAUCUUCGUUCCAGUACUCACCUAUGGUCAUGAGCUCUGGGUCGUGACCGAAAGAACGAGAUCCUGACUACAAGCGGCUGAAAUGAAUUUUCUCCGGAGGGUGGCCGGGCGCUCCCUUAGAGAUUGGAUGAGAAGCUUGGUCACCAAAAAAGAGCUUGGAGUAGAGCUGCUGCUUCUCCAUAUGGAGCAGAGUCAGUUGAGAAUGCUUGGGAAUCUGGUCCAGAUGCCUCCUGGACGCCUCCCUGGAGAAGUGUUCCAGGCAUGUCCCACUGGGCGGAGGCCCCAGUCGGACAUGGAAGACCCGUAAGAUCCAGAACACGCUCGAGAGACCACCUCUCUCUGGGGCCCUGGAAAUCCCUCGGGUUGCCUCAGAGGAGCUGGAGGAAGUGGUCGGGGAGAGGGAAGUCUGGGCAUCUUUGCUUAGACUGCUGCUGCUGCCACCUGGUCUCGGAUGAGCGGAAGAAGAUGGAUGGUUUAAAAUUGCAUUUCUUUAUUUAAAUUGUUGUAAAUCAGGAGCAGACUAAAAAUUGCCAUUGGAAAAAUUUGAGUUGUUACGAAUAAAACAUGACGGGUGAACCAUUUGUUCUCCCCUCUGCUCCAUUCUGAUGCAUCAACUUGUAGAUCCAAGUAUGUCUUUGUUUUCCUCAUCUGAGCUGGCAUCAAAACUGCACGGCUGGAUAGCUCCAACAUUGAUUCCCAUUUUUGUUAUACAGGAAGUGCUAGGUUGCUAGCAGGAGAGUGUAAACAAAGGGAUGAUAAGAAGUGUGGGUAGGAUUACUCCCAUCAACAGUCCCACCCAGGAAAAUUUCUCUGCAGAAAUUAUGUCCUAUAAAAUGACAAGUUUUAAAAAAGAAUUUUUUGAUGAAAGUAGUAAAAUCAUAUUUUAAAGACCAUUGGGAAUCCUUUAAAAUUGAUCAAAAGAUGAUCGGAGUGGGACUUUAAAGCAGAGAAACAUACCAAGCUUCCAGGACGGUGGACCUAAAGUUCAGAAACAUUGUAAAACGCCAACACUUUUUUUAAAUUGUAAAUUCCAAAUAAUGGCAUAAAUAAAAACAAGUAGAGAAAUUAGUUUUUAAUUUAGUGGCAAUAACAGUGUAACAGAAAAGAAGAGACGGGAUUACAAAACUAGUUUUUGUGAAAUGAAACUGAAUCAUAUUUUGCCUGAAUAUAGAGUUGAAAUAUUAUUUGCAUGUUUAUGACACUAGCUGCAAAACAUACUUUCUUUUUAACUGGAUAAAAGCUAAAAGAUUUUUAAUUAUCUUAUUUAUUAAAACUAGCUUUUUGCCCCACUUUAUUGGUGCUUAAUUUUCUUUCUGUAAAAGCUUAAUUUAUGCUCUACAAGCACUUAAAAAACAUAACUAAUAUGUAUUUCUUUUCCAGAAAUUAUUAAUUUUAACCGAAGAUUAAAGCAAAAAGCCCCAAACCGUCCAAAUAAAACAGAAGUCAAUUUAUUACUUUGAAAAUACCUGGAUAAAAAAAGUUUUAAUUGCAAUAUGUCAAUUUUUUGUUGCUCUGUCCAGCUGUUCCAGAUGAUCCUCUGAGCUCUGAAUUUAUGAGCAUUUCUGAUGUGUUUGAUUGAGUUGGACUUGUAUAAACUGUGGGUCAGGAUGUGUUUUCCAUUUUUCUGUGUGAGAUGAAGUCAGUAGUGACGAAAGUAGAGUCAACUUAAUUUAUGCCAGAGAGAAAGAAAUAAAGGUUGUUGCAUUUGUCAGCUUCAUAAGAAAACAUCAAAAUCAUUCAAAUAAAUAGUAAAAUACAAUACUUUACUCUGACUAUUUAAAGAAUUUCAGCAUUAAAAGACAGACUUUCAUAGACGGGCUUUGAUAGUGUACCAGUGCCUCUUGGUUUAUUUUAUCAUACAUCUAAAAUAGAUUAAUAAAUUAAUUUCUUUAUCUUUAUUUUUGAUGUGUGACGACCCAGCAGAAUUCUCUCUGUCCUUUGUUUUUUAAUGCGUGUAUGUUUGUUCAGUGUUUAGUGUUUGUUAGCACUUAAUAAAGAGAAAUAGAAAUGUAAAA